AGCCGCAAAAAUCUACCUGUCAUCUUCUUCUCCUCUCCUCCACCAUUAAAGCUCUGUUCAUCACCCGCUAGCUUGAGCUGGUCGGGUUGGUCGGGCUGCUAUUCCGGUUUCCAUACAAAUAUCAUCUAUUCACGCCUCUUCUCUUUGCUCCUCCAAGAUCACAUCCUUUUGAAUCCUUCUCUUGUUUUACACGCCCCUCCCCCGCCCCCAUCCUCUCGCUCCAGGCGGCGGAGACGGCGUUUUUAUCCGCCCACGCCGCCUGUUGAUCGUAUCUCCUUCCCUGGGUUAUUAGCCAAAACGGUAACAAAUCUUUGUAACUUGUAUCCCACGGCGCCUGUUUUUCCUAAUUCUUAUAGAAUCACGUAAAAUUUUACUAUUCGGGAUGGGAGAUUUCGAGAGAAAAGCAAAGACGGGAUCUAUAUUUUUAUCAGCUUCUUCAUCAUCUCCGUCUUUAUCAAUGUCUUCGUCUAAUUCAUCUUCUUCAUCGGAAUCCGAGGAGUUGCAGCGUAUGCCGUUAGCUCCGCCCCCGAUAUGGAAGAACAAGAAGCGUUUGUCGAAGCAGUUGUCUAUGUGUGAGACACGUCGAGAUAUUGCAUGGGAGAGGCGGCGGAGACAGAUUCUGAGCCAGGAACGCGUACGGAAGAACAGCGUUAACGGCGGUGAUUCUGAUGAUUUGACCGAUGAAGACUUGCAUGAACUGAAAGGAUGUAUAGAGCUUGGAUUUGGGUUUAAUGAAGAAGAAGGACAACACUUGUGCAAUACAUUGCCGGCGUUGGAUCUUUAUUUUGCAGUCAACAGACAGCUUUCGCCGAGCCCCGUGUCAACGCCGGGAUCAUUGGCGUCGCUCGGUACACGGUCGUCGUCGUUCGGGAGCCCCACAAGUGAAUCGGACUGGAAAAUAUGUAGUCCAGGGGAUGAUCCUCAACAAGUGAAGACAAAGUUGAGGCACUGGGCUCAAGCAGUGGCAUGUUCAGUAAUGCAAUCUUUUUGAUGGGAAUGAGUGGGAUGGAUCGGAUUGUACAGCAGAGAGGGUGAGAGAGAUUUGGUUGAUUCUUCAAGAAUUAGGAGUCUCAUUUUAGAGUAACUUCUAUAAUUAGGCAUUAAUUUAAGGAAAAGCCCCCAACAAAAUUAUAAUCAGAGGAUACAUUUUGGGGUCUUUUUAUUUUCUUAUCCUCUUCAUUAUUGCCAUUAGUGGCAAUUUGAGUUCACAUUUAAAUGCAUUUGAUGGAACCUUUUAUUGGGUUAAAGUUUUUUGCAGCCACCAAAUAUAAGCUUUUUACAUUUUAGUUAUCAUCGUAUUUUUUUUUUACAUCUUGAUAACUAAAGUUCUGUUAUCUCAUCACAAGAGGUUAUUCGGUAAAUUCAAACAAAUUAUCGUUCAUGUGACUUACAAAGAUUUUACGGUAAGCAUGUACCAUGGUAACCUCUCGUGAGAAAUGAAGGUAGGUUAUCAAAAUAUAACUAAUGAUACGAUGAUUACUGAAGUGUAAAAUGUUUAUUAUUCGAUAAUCGAUUUUUUUUACCCAACUUUGUUAGAGACAGAGAGAGUGAGAGUGAGACAGAGAGUGACAGUGAGAGUUAUACAUCCAUCAUCAUCAUCAUCUUCUUCUUCUUCUUCUUCAUGAUUUACUAGUUACAUAAAUCCAAGUUUCUUUGGAGCAGAGCAACAAUGUAACAUGCAUCUAAUUAGCUAUUGGAAAUUAAUAACACUUGGUAGGCACUAUAUAUUUUGCCUACUUUUCUUA